CGACAAUUUGGCAGUCGCGUUUAGGAAUUGACGUACGAGUGACAUUCGCGAAUGAUUUUUUUUGACAAUGACAAUAAUGAGAUCGAAUUUUUCAAAAUAGUGUACAUAAAAAUCAUAUUAUGGUGACAGAUUAGUUUAUAAAAAAGGGGGUUGGAUUAAACAUGAACAAGAAUAUGAAUUCUCCUACGAAACUGACAGAGUUUGCUCCCCUCAGCCCUGUCGAAAGUAGCCAGCCCGUAGUCGCCUCCUUGUUCUCAAAAUUAUUCGGAUUCGGAAGAAGUAGUUCCAUCGAAAGUGCUUCGACACUCCCGCCGUCUAAGACUCAUUCAAACAAUGAGGAAGGAAGUCCUAUGGGAGAUUCCGAAUCCUGGAACGAAACCGAUGAGAAGGAUAAAGAUGACGAAUCGACGACCGAAGAAGAAAGUCCAGGCUCCGUCAAUUACUCCUUGGAUGCUUCUGAGGGAAGAAGUUUGCCAAAUGUUCUGAAACGCAUCAGCAAUAUUGUAGCUCUGAGAAGCGGGAAUCUCAAAUCUUACAAAGAUUCCCAACUACGAAGUUACUGGAUGCCGGACAGCGUCGCAAAACAGUGUUACGAGUGCGGGGAACGUUUCACCACUUUUCGCAGACGUCACCACUGUCGAGUUUGCGGACAAAUUUUCUGUUGGAAAUGCUGUUCGGAUGAAAUUCCUGGGAAAACUAUGGGCUGCAUUGGCGAUUUACGUGCUUGCACGUAUUGUCGUAAAGUCGCAUUUUCCUAUUUACAAUCUUCGGACAUGAACAAUGUUCUUUCCGCUGAUCUUCAAGUGCUGCCAGAAGAUUUACGAACAAAAUAUGCAACUGAUUCUCAGCCCCAAAGGCAGCGGAGAACCAGCGACGAUCCUCUCGAUGACGAAACCCGAGCCUAUCGGAAAGCCAGCGUUGGUUACAUGGAGGAGAAAUAUGCUCUGGGAAGAUCUUCUAGCAGUUAUCUCGGGACUCAAGGUCGCUCCCUCAUUCUUAAAAAUUCAGCACCUUUGAGAAUGAUUUACGAAGAAUUAUUUCGUUCGAGUCGAGCGAUUCAGCUCCAAACUCAUCGAGUCAGAUUGAAAAGUUAUUACAAUUGUUUCAUCGGCAACGAGCUGGUCAAUUGGUUGGUUGCGCACAACAAAACUGCCACUCGAGCUCAGGCAAUCGCUAUCGCUCAGGCUCUUCUGGAAGCAGGUUUCAUCGAAUCGGUCCAGUCCGAAGAAUCCUUCGGUGAUGGUGCCGGACUCUUCAAACCUGCUAACUUGUCGCUCAUGCAAAGUCUUGAGUUGUCCGACGAAAAUCGAUCGCAUUGCGAUUCUCAGGAACCGGCUUGGGUUACCAAUAUACCGCAGCAUGAUUCGACCACUGAUUCGGAGAGCGACACGAAGCAGCCGAUUUUUCCCGGAGCAGUGGGUCGCUUGCCAUCGUCGAGUUCGAGUUUUUACCUGGAUUUGAAUGUGGAGGCAUCAACAGCGACGUUGAAACGUCCAACCAGUGAAGAUUUAGCGAGCAUAAUGACUGAAAGCAGCACAACGGACGGCACGAUCGAGCAAAAGGAAGUUACUGACGUUAAAUCAUCCCACAACUGCGAAUCCGGCGUUUCCGAUGAGCUGCUCAGCGACACUUUACAAGUACAAAAAUUAAACGAACGUAACAGUUGGCACAAGGCUAAAAAUCUUUCGACAGCCAACGAAGAAUUCAGCUGCUACAAUUCGCUCACAGCUGCGUACAAAAAACACGAGCAUUCGUUGAUAAGACAAUUAUUGAAGCGCGAAGGAUUAUCGGACAAUUGGACAGAGCCAAUAAUAUCGUUAGCUCACCAAAUAAUCGACCAAGUCAGACCGGACUUGCAUCACGAUGCCGAGGACAUGGACAUUCGACAAUACGUUCAAAUAAAGAAAUCACCGGGAGCGAGUAAAAACGAUUGUGAAAUCGUUUCUGGUGUUGUUUGCAGUAAAAACGUUGCUCAUCGUGGCAUGGACGCGAUGAUGGCUCAUCCCAAAAUUUUACUUCUGCAAUGUGGCCUUAUGUAUCAACGAGGAGAGGGCAAACUUCUGAGCCUCGAGCCUGUCAUGCUUGCGGAAAACGAACAUCUGGGAAACACCGUCGCGAGAAUAACCGCCCUGGGACCGGACGUCGUCCUCGUUCAUCGAUCGGUUUCUCGCCUAGCUCAAGAUCGGUUCCGAGAAUGCGGCGUUACACUCGUUCUCAAUGUAAAACUGAGCGUUCUCGAGAGAGUCGCUCGAUGCACCGGAGGCACGAUCGUCAACACCGUUGACGGUCAUCUCACGACGCGUUACAAACUUGGCACUUGCAAGAAAUUUUAUCUCCGCAAUUUUCCUACCGAGACGAAUCGACCAAAGACGCUCAUGUAUUUCGAGGGCUGUCCCAACGCCCACUUGGGAGCGACGAUUCUUUUACGAGGUGGUUCCCAAGCCGAGUUGAAAAGAGUCAAAAACGUAACUUCGACUAUGAUAUUCGCUGCGUACUCGUGGCGUUUGGAAAAAUCUUUUCUGAUGGAUGAAUUCGCCAGGCCUCCUUUGCAAUCCGACGAUUCGUUUCUGGACGAGAGUGCCAGCGGCAGGGCUCCUCAGGCCGCUACAAUCGAUGAGGAGGCGAAAAAUUUGCCUGGAAAAUCGCGCGGAAUCGAAGAGCCCCGAAGUAUAUUCGACGAUUCUCCGCCAGGAAAGGUUUCGGAGACGAAUAUCGUGGUGAAAAAGUCGAUGAGCGUGGUCCGAGGUGACGAGAAUGGAUCGGGGGACUGUUCGAUGACAGUUGAGACGUUCAAAAGAGUGUCGGGGAUCUUGGACGAGGACAGCGACCCUUACGACACUUUGAAGUUGUUCAAAGCGCGGCCAAAGUCGACUUUGGAGGAGACGAACGAUCGGGAAAGUAGCAAGAACUCGGAGAGCUCUUCGGGCUCGGGCUGCGAAUCGGAAAAGCCUCAAAAUCCUGAGCUGAAACGUUCAGUAUCCGAGAAUUCGGAAGCAAAGUGGAAGAGCGUUGAAAAAAUGGUUUCCGAGGAGAAGCGUGCGCACGGGGAGUCCGUGAGCGACCUGAGCGACCCUCUGCACCAGUAUCUUCGGGAGGAAACCGACGAGGAUCGAAUGGAAAAGAUUCUCAACGAAUUCAGUGAUGCCGAGAGUGCGGAGGGCCAGGAUAAAAACUCUUCGGCGAUUUUGAGCGUCGCGGAAAUGCCCUUGUCAAACAAAUUCAAAAAAGCCCUGGACGACGCGAUCCUGAGUUACUCGCCGUACUUGAAGUUCACGAUUCCUUACCUGGAGACGUUGCCCGGUAGGAAUUGCGCGCUGCGUCAAUAUUUCCCCAACGAAAUUUACUUUUCCUCGCACUUUUUGGACAAACCCGAAGGCUCCAGAGGCCUCGCAUCGUCCUCGGAGUCCUCCCGUGCCCCGGCGGAGCGAGAACUCAGACUAAAGCCAGAGCACCCAUUCGUCAAAGCGAAAUUGACUUCCCCCAUCGAGAACCGCUCGGUGCAGUCUCUGCUCGCGAACUUCCGCGCUUGCGGCAGUCGUCUCUAUCCCCAGGAGUCCGUGAUUCGCGAGCCCGUCGAUACGGAGCCGAAAGAAGCGUCCGCGAGCGUCCAGAAGCCUCGAAAAACGAGCUCGGACUGCCUGGAGCCCGAGAAUCACCAGCGGCUCUCGGUUUUCUUCUGCAGUUUUUCCCACGCUCGUACCGACGCUCCGGUCUUCUGCGUCAACCCCUGGGUCGUCAACAUGGACCUCUACGGACGAAACGACAUCGCCCUCGGGGCUUUUCUCGAGCGCUAUUGUCUCACGAACCAAUACAAGUGCCCGGCUCAGUCCUGCAGAGCGGAGAUCGCCCAGCACGCUCGGCGCUUCGCCCACGAGGACGCCUGUCUCCACAUCACCCUCAACGCCCUCACGACUCAGCCCUUCCGCCAGGAAAACUCGGAGGAUAUUUUUAUGUGGAGCAAAUGCAAUCGCUGCCAGAGCGUCUCCCCCGUCGUCCCGAUGUCCUCGGACACGUGGUCCCUCUCCUUCGCCAAGUACCUCGAGCUCCGUUUCCACGCGGGUAUUUACACUAAACGCGGCAACGAGUGUCGCCACUCCCUCCAUCACGAGCACUCCCAAUACUUCACGAAGAAAAGCAUGCUCGCGGUCUUCCGCUACGCCAAAAUCAGCCAGUGGGAAAUCUCCCUCCCCCCGGCAGUCGUCCGCGGCCGCUACGACGCGAAGCAGCACGCCAACGUCAUCGAGGAAGUCAAGAGUCUCGCCCUCAAGGGCGACGAAGUAUUUUCAUCGAUCAGAGACAAGCUGAACAGCGUUCAACCCGAGCCGGAGGGUCUCAACUCCACGAAACAACAACUCGCCAAGGAGCAGCAGUAUCUGAAAAACAAAAUCGAAGAAAUUCAGUUGAAAAUCACCUCGCCGACUCUCGAGAACAAAAAAUUCGCUGGGAAAAACGCCGAGAAACAAGUCCAGUUUCUCAUGUUCCGCAUCGAGGACGGAAUCGUCAUUUCGAAGAGGCUCAUCUGCGAAGCCGUCAACACCUGGAACUCGAGGAUCCAGGAGAUGAUGACGAGCAGCAUCGCUUCCGGGGCAACUGCAGCUCUCAAGAAGAGGGAGGAAAGGACGAAACGCUUCGCCGAGAGGAGCGUCACCUCCGGAGGCUCCAACAACGCCAUCUUCGACGCCGAUGGCUACAUCACCGAGGACACUGCUUCCGAGUCCCAGCUGGAGGACCUCAGCCCCAUUUCCGCCGACUACAACGCCGUCGACGCCGUCCAGGCUCACACCGACCUCGUCACCUGCUGCGACAACCUCGACAGCUCCGACAACGAACUCAACGAAGCUAACCACAACCCCAACCCCGACGACAUCCUCGUCGUGCAAGAAUCCCCACCCAAAUUUCACCACCAACGAUCUCACUCGGACGUUUUCCCACUCACCGCUGAGGACGUUGCACCCGAUAGGAAAAAAAAGAAAAAAACCAUCCUCGAACAACUUUUACCUUCAGCCGGAAACGCUCAUUCCAUCGCCAACCCCCUGCCGCCCUCGGAACAUCACUCCCUCCCUCUUGGAUCCGUCGUUCCAAUGGUAGUCUACGAGUCCGAGCCUUCCUCGAUAAUCGCUUACGCAUUGGAUUCGCACGAUUACAAGCACGCGCUCGCCGAAAUAGUGCCGUCGAGCCGAGGCGUUCCGGAAGUCAAUUCGAGUCCGUUGAACCGUAGAAAAUUGCCUGAAAAUCGUGAGAACUUCGGGCCGGAUCCACCGACCCAAGCGACCUCGCAGCAGCAGCCGAUCCCGGGCUCGGGAGACUUCAAGAGGCCUUUGGUGCUCUCAUUUCUUCGAGGAAAUUCUCCGAGUCCGGCGAGCCCCCUGGAAGCGACUGAGAAAAGCAUCGUAUCCGGCGAAUCCAGCUCUGUCAACAACGCCCCUUCAGCCAACUCCGAAAUCGAAGAUCCCGACAAAAAAUCCAUCAUCAAACAACAAACUUACAUCGAAGUUCAAUUCCACGAUUCCACUACAAACUUUUACUGCAGAAUUUAUUUUGCUGCACAAUUCGCUGCCCUCAGGGAAAACGUCCUGCCCUGCGGCGAAGAAGGCUUCACCAGGAGCCUCUGCCGCAGCGUCCAAUGGGCUGCCAGGGGCGGAAAAAGUGGCAGCGCUUUCUGCAAAACUCGAGACGAUCGAUUCAUCCUGAAAGAACUGUCGCGAUUGGAGCUCCAAAUAUUUUUGGAUUUCGCACCAAAUUAUUUCGCUUACAUGGAAAAAUGUCAGCGUACAAAGCAGCCAACCCUCCUCGGCAAAAUCGUUGGUGUGUACCGAGUCUCCUUCAAAAAUAACACGACGAACGCUGCUCUGAGAACGAGCGUUUUGGUUAUGGAAAAUUUGUUCUACGGUCGUACGAUCACCGAUAAAUUUGACUUGAAAGGAUCCGUUCGAAAUCGCUUGGUCAACCCCGAGGAAGCUGAUUCGGAAGGAGAGCUCGUGCUCCUUGAUGAGAAUUUAUUGAACAUGAGCUGUGAUUCCCCGCUGUACAUAAAAUCACAUUCGAAAGCUGUUUUGAACAAAGCCAUCGAGCAGGACACGAAAUUCCUGGCUGACAAUUCCGUGAUGGAUUAUUCACUGCUGGUGGGUCUCGAGCCGAAUUCGAAUCAACUCGUGCUCGGUGUCAUCGAUUACAUACGAACUUUUACUUGGGACAAGAAGUUGGAAACGAUGGUUAAAAAGUCCGGAAUAUUGGGAGGCCAAGGAAAAUUACCGACGAUCGUCUCCCCGGAAGAAUAUCGAGCUCGUUUCAUAGCAGCGAUGGAUUUGUAUUUUCUGCCAGUGCCAGAUCGUUGGACUUGUUUGGGUCGAAGCGUCGAGUCGACUCUCUGAGUCAAUGGACACCGCGACUCCUCGAUGUUUCUUCUUCAAAUGUCAUUGUCAAAUGACAGGGGUCGAAUCGUUCAAACAAAUUGCAAUUUCCAAUCUGCACAUUCCCUUGCAUAACGAAGCACAAAUUAUUUCACCAUGAGAUUGCCAAUUCACUGAAACGAAACUUCGUUUGAAUUUUUUCAAGUUUUUCCACAGGCCUGCCAAUUUUUUCUUUCGACAUUCCUAAACUCCCAAAAAUUCAGAAUUUUUCAUAGUCUGAAAUCUGAUUUAUUUGAACAAAUAAAUCGCGAUGACUGACGAGGGAGGGAGCACUCGAAAGAAAAGUAUUGACAGCAGGAUGCAUCGAUUUCUCAUAGAGCAACGGUUUCUAUACGAAAGCAACAUUACCAAUUAUUUAUUUACAACAAUUUCUUUCAUAAUUAUGUACAUAUACAUUAUUUAUAUAGUCGUUACAUAAUAAUGAUAAUAAUAAUAUUGUGAUAAUAUUCGUAAAGAAAAACGUGUAUUUUCAAAAUAAUUUGUUAAAUUUUUCCAUUUUUUUUCGUACGAGACACCGAUUUUGAACGUUUGCUUGAGUUUGUACCCAGCAAACAAUCAGAAAGUUUUUUUUCAACGUUUAUUUUAAAAAAACAUUGAAUAUUUUCUGAAUUUUCAAACUUGAGUGAGAGUGUAGCAAAAUUUGUGUUGAAAAAAUCUAUUUUUCUAAUUUUUUCCCAUCCGGACCGUUCUACUGUAGAAACUUGAAAAUUUAUUUUCGUUCGAUGAUUUAAAUUUGACAUUUUCGAAAAUUGUGACACCAAAAAGACCAAAAAUUGAGACUGGAAACGGUUUUUUAGAGUGUUAACUCCACGACGAGGUCGAUGGUUUUCCCUUAGACAUGAAAACUUUCCAACGUGCGAUAAUGAAAAAACUAAAAUUUUUUCAAAAUAUUUUGCCUUGUCACAAUUUCGAGUUUGGGGGGGCAAAAAAAUUUGUUUUCAUAAGAAAAUCGA